UAGUAAGGUGGUUGAUAAUAAUUCCGAUUGUCAUUGUGAAUCUGCUGGUUUCGUUCUUCUAUCGAUAGUGGAAAUCUAACAACAAUUUGUGGUAAUGUAAUUACCUAGAUUAUUGCAUAAAUUUCUUAGACGUUCUGAUAGAUAGCAAAUCUGGCGACUGAAAUCAGAUAUAGGAUUGGAAUGAGACUGAUUUUAAAGAAGUUCAUUAUCCAUACAUCUUCAGAUCACUUUUCGGAAGACGUGAAAAAUACUGAAAAACAUACUGCCAUUUAGUACACUAUCUGUUGAGGAAGUGGUUUCAAAUCUAAAGUAUUAUUCAGGAAGUAUUAUCAAUUUCUUCAUUAUAAAAAAGUCAGGCUCCACCUUUUGAACAUGGCAUCAAGGUUCCAGUUUGCUGGUGAAAAUGUUUCUGAAGACUGCAAAGUUGCAGGUGCGCAGGCGUCGAGACGGUCGCCGCUGCGGCAGUUCGGACCUCUGCUGGUGGCUAUGGUGGGGCUGCCGGGCAGAGGGAAAAGUAUGCUGGCCCGCCGGCUGUCGAGGUACCUCAACUAUACCGGGGACAGAACGGAAGUUUAUGACAUCAGCGAGUACCGGCGCCGGCACAUGCAGUGCUAUGACUCGCACGAGAUGUUCCGCGCCGACAAUCUGCCAGCGUGGCGAAUCAGGCAGCAGAGCUUCAGGGAGGCGCUCGACGAGGCUGCCGCGUGGCUGAGACGGCCUGGUAACCACGUGGCCAUCCUCGACGGGCCGAACGUAUCCAGGUCCCAAAGACAGGAAAUUUACGAUCUGAUUUACGGACAGCUCGGAUUCCGAGUGAUGUUCAUCGAGUGUGUUUGCGAAGAUCCUGUGCUAUUGGAAAGAAAUUUUAAGGAAAUCCUCCAGUACAGCGCCGACUACAAAGACAAGGCCACCGAAGAAUCGUUAAAAGACCUCACGCACAAAAUGGCGCACUACAAGGCGCAGUACGAGUCGCCCACGUUGGGCAGCCUCUGGGAGCUGCCCUGCCCGAUGGUCAAGAUUCUCGACGGCGGCGAGGGGGGCAUCAUCGCUCACGGGGUGACGGGGUCAAAAGAGAGCAAGAUAUUGGCCUACGUGUCGACGCCGAAGCCGUAUCAGCAAACACUGUAUUUCAGUAGGCACGGCGAAAGCGAAUUCAACGUGAUCGGUCGCAUAGGCGGCAACGCCGAGCUGUCGCCCAGAGGUAGGGCGUACUCGCAAGCGCUCGCCCGGCACGUGCACGCUCUCAACCUGCCGGGCCUGCAGGUGUGGACGUCCACCCUGAAGAGGACGGGGGCGACCAGCGCCCUGAUACAGGCGCCGCAGCAGCAUCUGCACGAGCUCGACGAGAUUUGGUCGGGAGAAUGCGAGUGCCUCUCGUACGAAGAGCUCCAAGACCGAUUUCCGAAAGAGCUGGCACUGCGGGACCGGGAGAAACUCAAGUACCGCUAUCCGCAAGGCGAGUCCUAUCUGGACGUGAUGAACCGUCUGGUGCCCGUGCUGACCCAGCUGGAGUGCGAGACGAAUGUUCUUACCAUUUCGCACCAGGCGGUGCUCCGGUGCGUGUUGGGCUAUUUUCUGGAUACGCCGCACGAGGAGAUACCAUACGUGCACGUGCCGUUGCAUACCAUCAUCAAGUUGACGCUGCAGGGUUACAACUACAACAUGGAAACCGUGAAGAUGCCAGUCGAUUGCGUCGACACGAACCGAGCCAAACCGUCAAAUUGUUCGGAAGAUCGCAGCGCUGAUGACGCUCUGUUCACCCUGCCGAAGCACUACGAUUCCCUAGCCGGCCUCCAAGCACUCACUCCUUGUACUUAGCUUGGAUCGCGGGGAUGUACGGAAAAUCGGUAUGUUGCACUGAGGCACUGACUUAUAAACAACAAUUCGAAGUGAAAUGCUAGAUUUUAGUUUUAGGCUCGCACAUACCACAUGAUCGGCUUGGAAAAGUUGGGUGACGAGUAUGCGCGGGGCGUGUAUCGUACUGGGCCGGCUUUUUGAAUAAUUUAAAACAUACCACACAUCAUCGAUGUUACUGCAGACAAAAAACAACAGCGGACAUACUGGGUGUUUC